GCCGUUCAGUAGGUUGGUAAGUGUCGGAUGUUCCGUGUGUGUGACUUAUUUAAAAGUAUUAUUACACUCGGUUGUAUUCGUCCAUUCGUUUGUUUUGUUUUUAAUUUUUAAUUUUCAUUCAAAACAAAAACGAAGUUAAUUUACAGUAUUAUUAAUUGUAAUAGCAACGGACACGCAUAAAUCGUCAAAUUUAUUUAAAACAUUAAGUGGUUUUUACUGACAUAAAAUAAUAUUAAUACAGUAUACGUUGUUUUUUUUUACAAUUGUACGGGUUUUUCAUGUCUCGCACACGUGAUCACAACAGUCGUUUUGUAUGUUGGUGACGACGGUUUUUUUUUGAUUAAAUUUUGUUUGUUCAUACAUUGAGGAUAUAAAUCAUCAUAUAAACAUGUGCGAUUUACGAACCAACAAUGGAGAGUCCAUGUUCGAUGACAUUGACAUGGGACUUAAGUCUAUACUAGACGAAUCAUUCCAUCCAUUUUUCCCGGGUAAGAAAACUCAAUCAGUGGCCAACGUCCCAAAAAGAGUCAACCGCAAAUCUUCAGGUAAAGCUUGUGGAGUGCCCAGAGAUGGCAAUACCGAUAAAAAAGAAGAAACUGAGCUUUUGUGGACUAACGUCGUAGAAUCUCAGUCAGCAUUUUUGGGACCGAACCUAUGGGACAACAAAACCAUACCAUACGACAAUGACCUCAAGUAUUGCGACCUCGACGAAUUCCUGUCCGAAAACGGAUUGCCAGUGGAAGGCGACCAUCAGAACGGAACGACCGCGGGCAACGUCAAUCCGGGCACCGUAGUGGCGGUCAACCACCAGGGUGGGCCCAUCAUGCCAGGCGCCAACAACCGCUUGUCGUCGCCGCCGCCACCGGCUUCCAUACAUCCGAUACAACACUUGCAGACAAAUGGUGUGGCGGGCGUGGGCGUCAUACUGACCAAGCGCGAACCGUCUCCGUCGCCCAGCGAACCGCUCAGCCCGAUCACCAUAAACCCGGCAUCACCAGCAGAUUCAACAUUGUCGUUCGCGUCGUCCAGCAGAGACUUCGACCCGAGAACAAGGCCGUUUUCCGACGAAGAAUUGAAGCCGCAGCCAAUGGUAAAGAAAUCAAGGAAACAGUUUGUACCGGAUGGGCUGAAAGAUGAGAAAUACUGGGCAAGACGUAGAAAAAACAACAUGGCGGCAAAGCGAUCGAGAGACGCGAGACGAAUGAAAGAGAACCAAAUUGCAUUGAGAGCAGGGUUUUUAGAAAAAGAGAACAUGGGCCUUCGACAAGAGAUGGAACGUUUAAAGAAAGAAAAUUUAGCACUCCGAGAUCGUCUUUCAAAGUUCGAGAUCUAAAAUAUUUCCCGUGGAUUUGUAUGCACCAUAGUAUCCUUACCCUCUGUGUUUUCGAAAAAAGAAAUACCUUACCCAAAUUAUCGUUACUAUUUACCGCACCGUUGACAGUCAGCUCGUUAAUAAACUGCAAUCACUCUUCUAACGCACCGCGGUGGUCGCCUAUAAAGGAGUUGUGUAUAGAAAUGAGUUAUAUUAUUAUUACGUUAUAGUUCAAAAAAAUUAAAAAUGCGUAUAACCAUAUAUAUGUAUACAAUAAUAUGUAAUGAAUAUUAUUGCUAUAACGCAACUGAUCUCAAUUCCAAAUACGAAAGAAAUUCCACACACAAUAUCAUCAAACAAUUGAUCAGAUUCUCAAGAACAAUAUAUAAAUUUGUCAAUACAACAACACUGGAUACUAUAAUAACAUGUAAAACAAAGUUAAUUUUCCCCCGAGUAUAAACUUACAAUAGCUUUUAAGUCGAUGUACAUGGUUUUUGUUGUUCUGUAUAUAAAAUAGGUCUACAAUUAUUAAAUUAUUAAUUAUAUUAUUAUUAUUUUAUUUUAUUUUAUUUUAUUAUUAUUAUUAUAAAUCGUCCUAUUUAUAUGUUUUUAUAAAAAUGAAAUGCGUGUUAACCUGACAUAUUAUAUUAAUAUAGUCUUGAUAAGUAUAAAAAAAUAUUAUAAACGUAAAAAAAAUAAUUCAUAGGUACAAGAUAAGACUUUAUAUAAUGCUAAUUGAGAAAAAAAAAACAGGAUUUAAUUUCGUUUUAUUCUUUUUUUUUUUUUAUCAGUUGCAUUGGUCAUUAAAAUAUAUUGAAAAUUGACCCUAAAGAUGCAAUUUAUUUCAUUACAUUGUUAAUAUACUGUAGUGGACGAUAUGAUUUCUUUAGUGAAGUUUUAAGGGAUCUGUUUUCGUUUUACAUCUAUAUCGUUGCGUGGGGAUUUGUUUUAUUUAUUUAUGCUUCCAAUAUUGUAUAACAUGUCAAUUAAUUCAUAAGAUCAUCACAAAUUAAUUAUUAAUUGUUUUAUUUUAAUAUGUAUAGAUUUCUUAAAUAUAUAAUAUAUAUAUUAUAUAAUUAUCCUUCCUCCUCAUUAUGAUUGACGAGCGUUUUUAAUAUGUUUAGUUUUACCAUUAUUAUUUAAUUGUUUGAUUAGAUACUUAUCUUUUUCUUUAUUAUUAUUUUUUUUUAGCAAUUAAGUGUUGAUUUUUAAAAAUGUUUAUUUGUAGACAUUUAAAUGAUUAUUGACAGCUCGCUUAUUGUUUCAUAGGAUUAUUUAAUUAGGCUUUAGAAUAUUAAGGUAUUUGUUCUAAGGAUCAUAUUUGAUAUUUUGUGAAUAGUUACUUUUUUUUAUAAUACUUUAAUAAAAUAUAAUACCUAAUUGUAAUUUUGUUUGAAAAAAAAACAAACGUAUGGGUCAGGGCUGCUGUAAGAUUUUCUUUUUUUUUUCUUUUUUUUUUUAUAUAAAUAUAUAUAUAUGAACUUCAUAUAUACAUAACAUUGUUGUCAAAUUAUAAUUAUUUCCAAAAAUGUUAUUGUUUUGCAUGAAUAUUGAAUAUACACGAAAUGACCAUUA